UUAUACACAAAGCCAAUACUUUCUGUCAACUUCCUCCAUAAAGCAAAAGCUUCCAGUAAUAUAUAACACACCAUAUAUUUCUUCUCUAUUUUAAUACCAUGCGUGCAUGUCACUCUCAAGUUUAGCAUCGAUCCUCUUCCUCCACUCCCUCCUUCUCCACUAAGCAAAAUCACUAUAAAUACAUAUUAUUGCCUUAAAAAUACUAGCAAUUAUUGACAAACAAAAGUAUAAGAAAAACAUCAAUUAUAUAUAAAAAAAAAAACAAAAAAAAAAAACUCAAAGAGCGUUACAUAAUAAAUAUAAGAAAAAUGGGAACAGAUUGGGCGCCAUCAGUGAUCGCUGUUGGAUUGUUCAUAUUAUUAUCGCCAGGAUUGUUAUUCCAGUUGCCAUCAAGAACAAGAUUUUGCGAAUUCGGAAAUAUGUACACUAGCGGCAUUGCAGUACUUGUUCAUGCCAUAUUGUACUUUUGUAUAUUUACACUUUUAACUGUCGCCUUUAAUCUUCACAUAUGGUCCGAUUUUUCAUUCCCUCCUAUUAAGAUUUAGUGUGUGUGUAUAUAUAUAUAUAUAUAUAUAUAUUGUUUAUUUUUUCAUAUACUACUAUAAUUCAUAGGUAAUUGUUAAAAGUGUUUAAUUAUGUUUAUGAAUUAGUGUUGGUUAUGUUUGUACUCCUAUAAGUUUCAUUUGGGAUUUUUGAAAUGGUAGUUUUAUUGGAUUUUGAUUUGAUUAUUUAUA